UCUGAACGGCCAUCCACUGGCUGGAUGCACGAGGAAGCAGAGAUGCGAAUUGGUCCCCAGCCAGCAGAGAAGAGCAGGGGGCGGGGGCUGGGAGACUGGAGCACUGGCUCUUCACGCCUCCCCCCGGCCCUGUCCUUCCUUCUCCUUUUGCCGCUGGCCAGCGCCCUACAGCCCACCCCACUGCCCUUUCCAGAGCUGAGGCUGGUGGGGGGCCCGAGCCGCUGCCGGGGGCGCCUGGAGGUCUUGCACGGCGGCUCCUGGGGCAGCGUCUGUGACGAUGACUGGGAUGUGGUGGAUGCCAACGUGGUGUGUCGACAGCUGGGCUGCGGCCUGGCACUGCCCGUGCCGCGGCCCCUUGCCUUCGGCCAAGGCCGAGGCCCCAUCCUGCUGGACAACGUGGAGUGUGGCGGGCAGGAAGCUGCGCUGAGCCAGUGCGGCAGCCGAGGCUGGGGCGUCCACAACUGCUUCCACUACGAAGAUGUGGCUGUCCUGUGCGAUGAAUUCUUGCCCACGCAGCCCCCAACAAGGAAAGUGUUAACCAGUAGGGCGCCCCCUACAACUCCCCAGAAUGGGAAAGGUGAGGGCAGCGUGCGCCUGGUUGGGGGCGUGGGCCCGUGUCAGGGCAGAGUCGAGAUCCUUCAUGGUGGCCUGUGGGGCACGGUCUGCGACGACGACUGGGGGCUGCCGGAUGCUGCUGUGGUCUGCCGCCAACUGGGCUGUGGGGCGGCCCUGGCCGCCACCACCAACGCCUUCUUCGGUUAUGGCACGGGGCACAUCCUUCUGGACAACGUGCACUGCGAAGGCAGCGAGCCCCGCUUGGCAGCCUGCCUAAGCCUGGGCUGGGGUGUGCACAACUGCGGCCACCACGAGGACGCCGGCGCGCUCUGCGCAGUCCUGGGCCCCCUGACUCUCACCACACUACCACCCUUGGCCACAAGAGAGGACUGGGCCUGGCACACAGAGCCAGAAGCUACAGGAGUUGGUGCCCUGCCUUCCAGGGAGAUGGCACUGUUCACCACAGCCACCUGGGUCGCGGGGAAGAAAAGCGGGCGGCUGCGGCUGGUGGGCGGUCCGGGCCCGUGCCGCGGCCGCGUGGAGGUGAUGUACGCCGGGGGCUGGGGCACCGUGUGCGACGAUGACUGGGACUUCGCGGACGCGCGUGUGGCCUGCCGCGAGGCGGGCUGCGGGCCUGCGUUGGCGCCACGGGCCCUCGGCCACUUCGGCUACGGGCGCGGCCUGCUGCUGAACAACGUGGGCUGCGCCGGGACGGAGGCCCACCCGAGCGACUGAGCCCACGGGCUGGGCCAGCACAAUAGCAACUGCGGCCACCACGAAGAUGCCGGCGCGCUCCUGCUCAGGUGAGGCCCAGAGGAGCUAGGACUUCAAGUCCAGCAGGACCACCCUGAGACCUCCUGCCCACUCCUGAAGCCCAGGGACGGGCACCUGCGUCUGGCCAAUGGAGCCCACCAAUGUGAGGGGCGCGUAGAACUCUUCCUAGGGCAACGGUGGGGCACUGUUUGCGAUGACGCUUGGGACCUGCGGGCAGCCACUGUCCUGUGCCACCAGCUGGGCUGUGGCCAGGCCCUGGCAGCCCCCGGCGAGGCCCACUUCGGCCCGGGCCGAGGCCCUAUCCUCCUGGACAAUGUCAAGUGCCGUGGGGACGAGAGUGCCCUUCUGCUCUGCUCUCACAUCCGCUGGGAUGCCCACAACUGUGACCACAGUGAAGACGCCAGUGUCCUGUGCCAGCCAUUGUGA